CCGCCCAAAAUGGCGGCGUCGGCGGCGUCUGUUCGAGCGGGGCUGCGGGCCCUGCGGAGGCUGGUGCUGGGCCGCCCCCGGCUCCCCGGGCGGAUGGCGACGCGGGGGCUGCGCGCAGGAGGAUCGCUCCAACAGCAGGAAGACUUUACUUCUCUUGAGGAAAAGCCGCAAUUCCCAGGUGCCUCGGCUGAGUUUGUAGACAGGCUGGAGUUCAUCCAGCCCAAUGUCAUUUCGGGGAUUCCCAUCUACCGGGUCAUGGACCGGCAGGGGCAGAUUGUCAAUCCCAGCGAAGACCCUCAGCUUCCCAAAGAGCAAGUGCUGAAAUUCUACAAGAGCAUGACCCUUCUCAACACUAUGGAUCGGAUCCUCUACGAGUCCCAGAGGCAGGGUCGGAUCUCCUUUUACAUGACCAACUACGGGGAGGAAGGCACGCACAUCGGCAGCGCAGCUGCUCUAGAUGACACUGACCUGGUAUUUGGACAAUAUCGGGAAGCAGGUGUGCUGAUGCACAGGGGGUAUCCUCUGGACCUCUUCAUGGCACAAUGCUAUGGCAAUGCCAGUGACCCCGGGAAAGGCCGCCAAAUGCCCGUGCAUUACGGCUGCAAAGAUUUGCACUUUGUUACCAUUUCGUCCCCGCUAGCUACGCAGAUCCCCCAAGCUGUUGGCUCUGCCUACGCCAUCAAAAGGGAGAACGCCAAUCGGAUCGUGAUCUGCUACUUCGGGGAGGGCGCAGCCAGUGAGGGUGAUGCCCACGCGGGCUUCAACUUUGCCGCCACUCUUGAGUGCCCCAUCAUUUUCUUCUGCCGGAACAACGGCUACGCCAUCUCCACUCCGACAUCCGAGCAGUACCGGGGUGACGGAAUUGCUGCCCGGGGUCCUGGUUAUGGCAUUCACUCAAUCCGGGUGGAUGGCAACGACGUCUUUGCAGUGUACAACGCCACCAAGGAGGCCCGGCGCCGUGCCAUUGCAGAGAACCAGCCGUUUCUCAUCGAAGCCAUGACCUACAGGAUCGGGCAUCACAGCACAAGCGACGACAGUUCUGCCUACCGUUCCGUGGAUGAAGUCAACUACUGGGAUAAACAAGAUCACCCGAUCUCUCGGCUCCGUCACUAUAUGGUGACCCGAGACUGGUGGGACGAAGAACAGGAGAAGAGCUGGCGCAAGAAAUCCCGCAAGAGGGUCAUGGAGGCCUUUGAAGAAGCUGAGCGCAAGCUGAAGCCCAAACCGCAGCUCCUCUUCUCUGACGUCUACUCUGAGAUGCCCCGGCACAUCCAGAAGCAGCAGGAAUCCCUGGAGCGUCACCUGAAGCAAUACGGUGAACAUUAUCCCCUGGACCACUACGAGAAGUGACUUUCUGCCCAGGAGUAGACCUUCGCCUCCCCCUCUUCCUCAAACUCUUUUGUGUUAGAAAAAAGUGAUUUCCUGUCCUUUGCAAUAACUACCUUGUCUCCAUGGCAAUGAUGUUAAAACGAGGGAUCAGUUGCUAAAAGGGGGCUGUGGGGAACGCUGCUGCUACAAGGCCAUGUGGAUGUGGGCAGUGAGGGAACGACCCCUGGAAGCCGAGUCCUCGGGAACCUUCAGUGUCUCCACGUCAGCCGAUGUUAGCUUCCCACUGACAGCUCAUUUGCUUUUUAAAUCUUUUAGUUUGCACAUAGCCUAAUUAAAGCACAGGAGCAGUUCACAGCUCUCCCACUGUGGAUAUGAGUUGCCUUAUCUCUGCUGUGUCUCUUACUGGAGCGCCAGUCCAGCUGUCUUCCUUCAUUCUGAUAUCCAGCUAAACACUGGGCCUAAAGGAGCAGCAGGCAGGAUCUUGGGUUUCCUUCCAUGGAGGAGCUUACGUUUGAAAAAGAAGUCUAUUGGCCAAUAUUAUCAUAAAUACCUCUGGAACUGAAUGCCACUUUAGGAAGGUGUUGUUUUUGUGAGAUUAUUAUUUUUUACCUUGCUUUGAAGGUAUAGUUGUGGUGCCGAGUGAGAGGCUGCAUCCUGUGUCCUUUCCAGGGAGUAAAUCCAGUCCAUCCCUGAGCAGUGUCUCUUGACAAAUUACCAUUUUAGGGAACUGAACUUGAAACUUGUCUCCAGAUAACUCAUCAAAACACUAAAUAGAGAGUGGAGUUCCAUAGGAUUUUUUUCAUAGGAUUUGGGAGCUUUUAGUAUCCAGAGAGACCUCUGCAGAAUGGUGUCCAUACUGGCUUUUAGCAGUGACUUAGGUUUACUGGGAAGGGGGAGCGGAGUAUGUCUUCGCUGGGGGUUUUCCUGAACGAAAGGCGUGUAUUUCCCGCACCUUUGCAUGGGAUGGGGCAAAGCUCUUUUGGUCUGUUACAUUUAAUCAAAGCUGUUGCAACUAAAACUGAUGGUUACGUUGAGUCAGGGGGAGUAGCAGGUAAAUGCAUCCUAUGUAUGACGGUGGGGCAAGUUGGGAAAUUAAUAA